CUGAACGCGGCCCGGCGGAAGCGACAAGCCGGCGCCGGCCGCGUCCGCUACAAAGACGACACGCACACGCCCACAUCCCUCUCCCACUCUCACUCCCGCCGGCUCCCACCACCACCACCACCACCGCACACGCCCUCCAUCGCUUCCCCAUCCUCCGCCGCAUUGCGCCGAUCGCAUGCUGCUCUCCCUCGCCCCGCCCCGCCUGCUACCCCGCCUCCCCUCCCCGGCGACCGCCACCGCAACCACUGCCCGGCCCCGCGCCCUCGCCCUCGCCCCGCGCCGCGCGCUCUCCUCGGCCGCCAGAACCGCCGCUCCUCCGCUCCGCGCGGUGGUCUCCGAACGGGCUGUUGACGGGAUGGCGCCGGCGGCGGCGGGGCUGGAGGGGCGGCCGCUCCGGGUGGGGCUCGUGUGCGGCGGGCCCUCCGCCGAGCGGGGCAUCUCGCUCAACUCCGCGCGCUCCGUGCUCGAUCACAUCCAGGGUGAGGACUUGUUGGUGAGCUGCUACUACAUCGACUGUGGCAUGAACGCGUUCGCGAUCUCGCCAGCCCAGCUGUACUCCAACACCCCUUCCGAUUUCGAUUUCAAGCUUGAAAGUCUAGCACAAGAAUUUUCCACCCUAUCUGAAUUUGCGGAACAUCUUGCUGCCAAUGUUGACAUUGUCUUCCCAGUGAUACAUGGGAAAUUUGGUGAAGAUGGUGGUAUUCAGGAGCUUUUGGAGAAAGCAAAUGUUCCAUUUGUUGGGACGCCCUCUAAUGAAUGCCUCCGUGCUUUUGACAAGCAUAAUGCAUCGCUCGAGCUCGACGCUCAAGGUUUCUUAACAGUACCAAACUUUCUUGUAGAGAAGGAUAAAUUGGCUAAGUCACAAUUGGAGGAAUGGUUUGGAAGCAUCAAUUUGAAUAAAGAAAAUGGCAAAGUGAUUGUCAAACCUACGAGAGCUGGAUCAAGCAUCGGUGUAGUUGUCGCUUAUGGUGCUAAUGAGGCAGCUGAGAAAGCCGAGGGAAUAUUUUCAGAGGGAAUUGAUGAUAAGGUUAUCAUCGAAGUUUUUCUUGAAGGGGGCUGUGAGUUUACAGCCAUUGUUCUUGAUGUUGGGACAGCUAAUAAUAGUGAGCCUAUCGUUUUGCUUCCAACGGAAGUUGAGCUUCAGUCAUCAAUUUCUAGUGAUAUUCAGGAGGAUACAAUAUUUAACUACCGUAGGAAGUACCUUCCAACUCAACAGGUUGCUUAUCAUACACCUCCACGGUUUCCGGCAGAGGUGAUAGAUUGCAUAAGAAAAGGAGUAUCCCUUUUAUUUCGCCACUUUGGCCUGCGUGACUUCGCUAGGAUAGAUGGUUGGUUCUUACCAAGUCCUGCUACUUCUCUGCCCUCGUCUGAAAACGGUGUUAAAUUUGGAAAUACAGAGUAUGGUGCUGUCCUUUUCACUGAUAUUAACUUGAUAAGUGGGAUGGAGCAAACCAGUUUCUUAUUUCAACAAGCUUCAAAGGUUGGAUUCUCUCACUCUCGAAUCCUCCGUACAAUUGUUCAGCGUGCUUGCUCACGUUUUCCUUCCCUUGUUUCAAGCAAUAAUGCAUGGACUGCUUUAUCCAGAAAAAUGCAAUCUGCAAAACAAGCAGAGAUAAUCCAAAAUGGCACAUGCAAGCAGAAGGCAUUUGUAAUAUUUGGUGGCGAUACUUCAGAGCGGCAAGUAUCUCUUAUGAGUGGCACAAAUGUCUGGCUUAAUUUGCAAGGGUUCGAUGAUCUUGAUGUGACACCGUGCUUGCUUGCACCUUCAAGUGGAUGUUCUUCCCACAACCAAGAUCUCAGCAAAAGUUCACGCGAUGUUUGGACACUGCCAUAUUCUUUAGUGUUACGACAUACCACUGAAGAAGUUCAUGCUGCAUGUUUCGAAGCAAUUGAACCAGAGCGGGUUGAAAUAACAUCUCGCUUACGUGAUCAAGUAAUGAAAGAACUUCAACAAGCAUUAAGCAAGCAAGAUUGGUUUGCGGGCUUUGACAUCACUGAUGAACAACCUAUCAAAUACUCCCUGCAACAGUGGAUUGAUUAUGUUAAAGAAGCUAAAGCUGUAGUGUUCAUAGCAGUUCAUGGUGGUAUUGGGGAGGAUGGCACCAUUCAAUCGCUAUUGGAAUCUGCAGGAGUUCCUUACACAGGGCCAGGACCAAUAGCUUCUAGAACAUGCAUGGACAAAGUUGCAACUUCACUUGCUGUUGAUCAUUUGGCUAGUUAUGGCAUUCACACUAUACCAAAGGAUGUAAGAGCAACAGAAGAGCUACUAAAGUCAUCUCUUGUUGAUAUCUGGAAUGACCUGAAAGCAAAAUUACAAACAGAAACGGUAUGUGUGAAACCUGCUCGUGAUGGAUGCUCAACUGGUGUGGCAAGAUUGCGAUGUCCAGAGGACCUAGAAGUCUAUGCAAAUGCGCUGAGGGGAAAGCUUCCGCGUCUGCCUGCUAACUGUCUAUCCAGGGCACAUGGAGUUAUUGAGAUGCCAGUCCCUCCUCCGGAGUCACUGAUAUUCGAACCAUUUAUCGAAACCGACGAAAUUAUUAUCUCAAAUAAAUCAAGGAAGGAUAGUACCCGCCAUCUGGUAUGGAAGGGCGAAAAUGAGUGGCUUGAAGUGACUGUUGGUGUGGUCGGCAAACGUGGGGAGAUGCAUUCAUUGAAUCCAAGCAUCACAGUCAAAGAAAGUGGUGAUAUUUUGUCUCUUGAAGAGAAAUUUCAAGGUGGAACUGGAAUCAACUUGACACCACCUCCGGCAACAAUUAUGAGUGAGGAUGCGCUAGAGAAGUGCAAAAAGUGUAUCGAGAUGAUGGCGAACACAUUGGGUUUGGAGGGUUUUUCACGCAUCGACGCAUUUGUUAAUGUGCGUAGCGGAGAGGUGCUGUUGAUAGAGGUGAACACCGUACCUGGGAUGACUCCGUCCACAGUUCUGAUUCACCAGGCACUCACGGAGGAACCGCCCAUCUACCCCCACAAGUUCUUCAGAACGCUCCUCGACCUGGCGUUUGCAAGGGCAGAGUAGCUAGAAAUACUAUACAGUACUGCCCCACAGGUCUCUUGCCAGAUGAACUCGUCGAUUUCAGUGCAAAUAAGGUCGUUUUAUCACCAUUUAUCGAUCUGUAUCAUGCAACUGCCAAUGUAUGCAAGUGACUGUUAUGUCGGUGUGAAAAACCGUGUGAAAAGUUUGUGUCA